AUGCAUCGAAAAACUUCACCAUUUCCGUACGAUCCGAUGAUAAUUCCCCGAGUAAAACAGUAUCUCGAGGAAAAUGUGCACCAAACGUAUGUGGACACGGGAGUGAUGGCCCGGGAGCUACAGCAACGUUACCGCGAAUACCAUCGUCGCAAAACGAAUCCAUUCCGGUUGCUGGUGGAAGAGGCGUACCGUACCGUGUUGCACAGCUACGGGCUAGAUAGUAAUGCCACCUCGGAAGCAGAGGAUGAGGCUGGCUCAGAUGUGGAACUGAUGGAUGAGGGAAUGGAGCGAAACCAAAUGAGCAACACACUCACCAAUAUGUACAUGAACAAUCGGAACCGUGCCGCACCCUCACAGGCAGUUCCACCGGAUCAGUCUGGAAAUGGAGCGGAUGGCGUUGCCAUUGACAUCAUAAGCAGCGAUGAGGAAAACGGAGGCACAACAAAUGCUGCCGAAGCUGCUGCAGGAGGUGAAUCUAACUACGUUCAAAAAUUCGUAGCACAAAACAAGCACGUAACGGUGACGAAGCUUACCCGGGUGAACAAAGCACGGGAAGAUGAUUCUAGCAACGGUAGCGUUGAAAGCGGUGUAAAUGCGUCUGAAAAAAGUCAACCCGAGUCCAAGCGUCGCCGAUUGGAAAUGGCCAAUGCGCGCGGACCGAUGCAAAACUUCACUAACGGACAGAUGAAUCGGGCGACGAAACCGAAUGAUGUGAGCAAGCAACCAAACAAAGCAGAUCAAACUAAUCAAACUACCGGUACACCAGCUACAGCAGCGUCCGGUCAACGUAUGAGAAAGUUCCGCAAAGAAGUGGUAUCUCGCAUGAGUGACAUUACCUUCCAAGAUGUCGGUGGAAUGGAUAAAAUAUUGAAACAUCUCUGCGAGCUUCUGCUGCACGUGAAGCAUCCGGAAAUAUAUCGAUAUAUUGGAUUACCACCACCGCGAGGGUUCCUUCUGCACGGUCCACCAGGUUCUGGGAAAACGCUUCUGGCUAGAGCUAUUGCCGGGCAACUAAACGUCUGCCUAAUCGAAAUACCAGCCACAGAACUCGUUGCCGGUGUGUCCGGUGAAUCGGAAGAAAGAAUCAGAGAUGUAUUUGAGCAGGCCGCCUCACUGGCACCGUGCGUACUAUUCAUCGACGAAAUUGAUGCCAUCUCUUCGAACCGCAUCAACGCACAGAAGGACAUGGAACGGCGCAUUGUUGCACAACUGCUAAGCAGCAUGGAUGCGCUCGGAACGCAAGAUGGCGGCGAAGGAGUAAUCGUGAUCGGUGCCACCAACCGAGCCGAUGCGCUCGAUCCGGCACUGCGACGUAUCGGACGUUUUGAUCAAGAGAUAUCACUAGGCAUUCCGGACCGGACGGCACGAACACAAAUUUUGCGUAUCAUCUGCCGGAAGCUAAAGAUCGGCGAUACGAUUGAUUACGGCGAGUUGGCAAAGCUAACGCCUGGUUACGUUGGUGCUGAUUUGUUAGCACUUGCUACGCGCGCUGCUAAUAAUGCCAUCAAGCGACUUUUUACCAAACAGGAAUGGAAAAUGUUGGAGAAGGUAACGGCAGAAAGCACGGACGAGGACGUAGUGGCCAUAGACGAUGAACCGGAUGAGGUAGUAAAUUUGGACGAUGAAAAAGACGAUCCAAAGGAAGCAGAAAUCAAACCACAAGAGGACACGGGCAAUAUGGAUGUUCCUAAGGCCGUCGAAAGCACCAGUGAGGAAUCGAAGACCGAAACCGAACAGGGUGUUGCUGCUGCUGAUUCGACACAAGUUACCGAACCGGCAGUGGAUGUUUCACAGCCUGAGGUAGCUCAAGAGAAGGAAUCUACCAGUGAGACGAGUGCUGAAAAGAUGGAUUUGGAUGCGGAACAAAUACCUACGGCUUCUACCGAAGCCACUGUAAAGGAAGGUGAAAAUGUGGAGACCGUUGAACAGGAAGACCGUCAAAUGGCAGAUGAAUCGAACGAUAAUCAAAGCGCAUCAAUCGAGGAACCCACCGUGCAACCAGCAGUGGUAGAAUCGACUGUGGAAGCGGACAGUGUUAUUCCACCGAAAGUCGACUCACAGCAGGAACUCACUCUCGAGCAGAUGCUGCAGUUACUGCUUAAUCAACAAAAUGCUCUGCCGGCGGCGGACCUGGAGGGACUAUGUAUCGAGCGGGAUGAUUUUAUGGAGUCAUUGAAAACCGUUCAACCCUCGGCGAAGCGUGAAGGGUUCAUCACCGUACCGGACGUAACGUGGAACGAUAUCGGUUCGCUGGGUGACAUCCGGGAGGAGCUAAAGCUAGCCAUACUGGCACCGGUCAAGUUCCCGCAGCGCUUGAAACUGCUUGGCCUAAACGCACCUUCCGGUGUGUUGCUGUGCGGUCCUCCGGGAUGUGGUAAAACCUUACUUGCCAAAGCGGUCGCUAAUGAGGCUGGAAUAAACUUCAUAUCUGUCAAGGGACCGGAACUGUUGAAUAUGUACGUCGGUGAAUCGGAACGUGCCGUACGGCAAUGUUUCCAGCGUGCACGAAAUUCCGCACCAUGCGUCAUAUUCUUUGACGAAUUCGACUCGCUCUGCCCAAAACGAUCAGAUACGGCCGAAAGUAGUGCGGGUUCGCGCGUCGUCAACCAGCUGCUAACGGAGAUGGACGGCAUUGAGGAGCGGAAGGGUGUGUUUUUGAUGGCGGCCACCAACCGACCCGAUAUCGUUGAUCCGGCCGUGCUGCGUCCGGGCCGUUUGGAUAAGAUACUGUACGUGGGACUGCCGGCGCAGGACGAUCGGGUAGAUAUAUUGCGCGCGUUAACAAAGAACCGCACCCAACCACCGUUGGCCGAUGAUGUGGAGUUUGAGAAGGUGGCCGAGCUAACCGAAGGAUUUACUGGUGCGGAUUUGGCCGGACUUGUGCGGCAGGCUUCGCUACAGACGCUAAAGGACUCUAUAAUGGCUAGCGGUGAUGAGGAGCGUGUCGGUGAGAGUGGCCAGCAACAGAUUGACGAAGAGCUGAACAAUAUGGUGGUUCGUUUUGAACAUUUCACUCAGGCGAUACGAAACACAAAACCAUCGGUGAACGCAGAGGACAAAAAACACUACGAGAAGUUACGCCUCAAGUAUGGGGUUAAUGUGAUGGUUUAA